UUUUUCUUGUGGCUUGCCCAGGGCAGUUUGUGCUCUUGUUGUGAGCUUUAUCUGUCUUUGACAUUGUUUUUGCUGAACUUGGUUUUUCCGAGACCCUCUCUGCUCAGAGGCUCAGUUUCACCCUGCCAUCAGCAGUCAGCCAGUUUCGGUGGCAGAAGGGGCCACAGCUGCUUCCUGUCAGCCCCCCGGGCAGAAGCAUGCAGUGGUGUCUCCUCCUGAUCUGGGCCCAGGUGCUGAAGCAGGCUCUCCUCCCCGCAUCAGUUUUCAGAGUCCUGUGUCCCCUCGUGGGAGGAAACGCUGUCUCUGAGAAGGAGCUCCAGUUCUGUUUUCGGUGGUAGAUGAAGGACUUGGGGUUGUGGGGUGCCUGCCUGGCUAACCCAAAAAAAGAAGCAGGAGGAGCUGUGACAGGCAGAAUAGUAACAAUGGGGAACAUUUCUGCAGAGGAAGGUGGCUCUGUCACCUUACAAUGUCACCUCUCCUCCACCACUGCCAAAGUGACCCAAGUCAACUGGAAUCUGCAAGACCAAGUUGUGGCCAUUCAUCAUGACAGGUUGGGGUGGCACAUUGAUCCUGCCUUCAAGGAGCGAGUGGUCCCGGACUCCAACCUGGGCCUCACCCUCCGGUGGCUGACCAGUAACGACACGGGACAGUACACCUGCGUCUAUCACACCUACCCUGACGGGAUUUACAAAGGGGUGCUCUUUCUGCAAGUCCUACGACACUCAGGUAUGCCUGGGGCCAGGUGGCUGAGGACCCUUAUGCUCGAUGAUCGAAUCACUGCAGAGCGGGACCUCCCAACCCUGGCUCACAUUCACAUCACCUGGGAGCUUUCAAAUGUGGCUGAGUACAGCGCUGGGUUCCAGAUCCCAUUGCUUGGAGCCGUGGCCGCAGCGCUGGUGGUCAUCUGCAUAGCAGUCAUCGCAGUGGCCACGCUGGCCAGAAAGAAAUCUCUCCGAAUCCGUUCUGCGGAAGGUGACCUUGGGAGGGGGCCGUCUGAACCGGAGGCGUGCAGGCCCAGGGUCGUGUCCUCCCCCGGCAGCUGUGUGCAGGCGGAUGCCGGGCUGUGCGGUGACCAGGGCAGCGAGGACCACGCCGAGGCUGAGCCGCACGAGUACUUCAACGUCCUGAGCUACAGAAGCCUGGCCAGCUUCAGCUUCCCCACCGAGACGGGUUAGCACCCGGACAUCUUCCGGGAGACCCAGUCCAGUCUUUGUCAUCACAGAUGGACGUAUUGGCAUCUGCACGUCACGGCUCUGUGUGUAUGCAUGUGUGUACAUGUGUGUGCGAGUGUGUUCUGUCGAGUGAAUGCAUGUCAGCCUCCUCUGUGUCUAUGUUUCCUCUACCAGUCCCUCCAGUUCCAUGGUGCAGACCCGGGUGAGGAGCUUGUGUUUGAUUACAAAUGCAAAGUUAUAAAACCGAACAAAGACCUCAGCUGGUUUUGAAGCUGGCAG